AUGGAGCCACAGCCUGAUCCAACUCAGACCAUCAGUGCGGACGAGAUAGCUCUUUACGAUCGCCAGAUCCGCCUCUGGGGAGUUAAAGCACAAGAAAAGCUACGAUCCGCAAAUAUCCUCCUCAUCACCUUCAAGUCGCUGGCGAACGAAGUUGCGAAGAAUCUGGUAUUGGCAGGCAUUGGCUCCUUGACCAUCGUUGAUCAUGAGGUGGUGACAGAAGAGGACUUGGGCGCGCAAUUCUUUAUAAAUGAAGAACACCUGGGUCAAAACCGUGCGCAAGCGGCAGCGCCCUCGGUCCGCGCCAUGAACCCGCGCGUCCAGCUUCACAUUGACACAGAAGACAUCCACCUCAAACAGCCCGACUUCUUCGCCCAGUUUGACAUUACCAUCGCAACCGAGCUUGACUUCCCUACAUACACCACCAUAAAUGCGGCCUGUCGCAUCGCAAACCGCCCCUUCUAUGCCGCCGGGCUGCACGGAUUCUACGGCUUCGUCUUCGCCGAUCUGAUCUCGCACGAUUUCGUCAUUGAGCGGACGAAGUCCAACGUCCAAUCCGCCACGCAGGAAACCCCGACCCGCAGCAUCCUGAAUAUCACCACAAAGAAAGAGAACGAGAAAGUCAUUGAAAUGGUGACCAAGCGCGAGGUGUACUCUCCGCUGAUCCUCGCAAACACCUCGCCACUUCCGGAGGAGUUCACCCGAAUCGCACGCAAGCGCAAACAAGUGACACCCCUUCUCACCUGCCUCCGCGCAUUAUGGGAAUACCAGAAAUCAUCCGCCGGCGCCCUGCCCACAUUCUCCCACCAAGACCUGGAACUCUUCACGAAGCACGCCCGCGACUGUCACCAAGAACUCAAGCUCGACAUCACCACCUUGGACGCCGGGUUCCUGCGCACUUUCCUACAAAAUCUGGGAAGUGAACUGAGCCCUGUAGCCGCAUUUGUAGGCGGCCAUCUCGCCCAGGACGUGAUCAACGUCUUGAGCGCACGAGAACAUCCCCUCCAGAACAUGCUUCUCUUCGAUGGAGAACGCUCCGCCGCUCCCAUCUACCCCUUACAUCCAUUCUUCCCCCCGGAAGUCGAGAGUGCCAUUCCACCCGUGGUUCCAGUUGUGCAAGCCAUCCCGUUAGAUGGCGAGCCAGCCCCGGCACCUUUAAUGCCCUAA